UUGUGGUUUGCAUGGGUCUGGCGUCUAAUUUAGAUACGAGGCAGUCAUUGGUCAACGACAUACAUGAUUUCGAUGAUGAAGGCUUUUAUUGGUUAAUUCUGUCCCGUCAGCAAAGCAUGGCCUCAAAUGGGUCCAGGUGUGCUGUUAAUGGUACAUGUGGCACUUGUGUAUGUGGCCAUAAGAGUGAGCAAGACAUGGAAGGUUCCACUGAUGAUAGACAACCUCCUGAAAAAGUCAUCCAGGAGUUCUGGCACCAGCAACAUAUAGGGGAAGCUCCAGAUUUUGUGAUUGAGCUGGAAAAGAACAAUAUUCCUUGUCACAAAAGCAUUUUGCGGAAAGCGAGUUCUUAUUUCGAAGCCCUGUUCUCCAGCCAAAUGAAGGAAUGUGAGAACAAUCGAGUAAAGCUGAUAGAUACUCACGUGCAUGAUUUUAUGUCCUUAAUGAAAUUUGCAUACACAGGUCAGUUGGACAUUUCUAAAGAAACAGUGUUCUCUGUCACUGCACUGGCAAACAUGUAUCAGUUCAAUUCUGCACUGAAAUUUGCACAGAAAUUCCUGGUGUCACAGGUGGCAUCAGAAACGUGGCGCGAAAUACUGCAGUUCUCAGAAUUGCAUGACUUGAAGGAUGUACACUAUGUUGCAUUUCGAUAUGUGCUUUGGAAUUUUUCGAAAGAGGUAAAAUCAGAAAUUGAAAACUUUCAAGUGCUAUCGAAGACUUCACUUGAGAAACUGUUGGGACAUCCGCUUUUGAACUGCACGUCUGAAUCGGAAGUUGUUCAGGUUUUGUCUGCCUGGUGUGAUUAUGAUGAGAAGCGGACCCAGGAGGUUUUCGCUGAUGUGUUCUUUUCUACUGUGUAUUUGAAUGAACUCACAGCUGAAGAGCUAGAUGCCAUUCUGAAUUUAAAGUGGGUCCAGAACAACUCAGCAGUCAAGAAAUUUGUUGAGGAGACAGCUGUGAAUGAAAUCUCAGCAAAUGCAUCGUCACAGUCCAAACCAGUUUGUAAGAAAACCAGGGCAGGCCCCCUGGUGUUGUUGUGUGUUGGUGGGGACUUGAACCUGGGGGAGAACAACUGUGCCAUCCAAAUGUAUAUACAAGAUAGACAUGACCAGUGUGAGACCAUGGGGCUUAAACGACUGCCUCUUGCUUGUGUUUGUGCAGACACUGACCUUUAUGUGAUAGGAGGGGAGACUGUGUUAGGGAGGAACACCUGGCAGACAGACAUCUGGAAGUAUUCCAGCUUCUCUAGCACCUGGUCGUUAGCCACCCAGCUCCAACAGCCUCGGCGUCACCAUGGUAUCUGUACACUGGGCGGAGAAAUCUACCUGAUAGGUGGGAUAGGUCGCUUCAGACAGGUGUUAAACAGCGUGGAGAAGUAUAAUCCUCAAACAGAUGAAAUGUUCAUCGACUUUUAG